ACAUGACCUCCUAGUUUGGCAAGAGGCCAGAACGAGAUCAGUCGGACGCUGGUGCGUUUUCGUUCACGUCGUGUUGUUGUCGGAAUUAAAAGCUUAUUGCUUUGAUUUUGAACCGCACACGUUUGAAAACGAAACGUACAUCAAGCAUUUGGCAAUAACAUCCCGGUUUCUGCACUGUGAUAAUGGCAGAAGCUCAUGCUGCUGUUGCCUUCUCCUUCACCGUCACCCCAGAUGGAGUCAAUGUCAACCUCAACCAUGAGGCCAUCAAGGCAGUGUGGGACAGUGGCAUACUGUCAUGGAAGAAGAGAAUAGGACGUAUGAAAAACAACUUCCAUAAUGGCGUGUACCCAGCAUCCCCGAUCUCACUGGUCUUCACCCUCACUCUCAUACUGGCUCUUGUCCUGGGAGGAUAUGACCCUUCCUAUGGCUGCAUCUCCUACAUCCAGGCACAUAUACCACUCCUUGGAGUAGGCAGCACAUCCAUGUGUCUGUAUGUGAGCUGUGUGUUGUUCUCCACGCUGCUGUGGGUGGUCGUCAUCUUAGCCAUACAGUACACACUGCGCUUUCUCCUUACCUACCACAAAUGGAUAUACGAGGUGCGCGGACCCAUCUCACUCAGGACCAAGAUCUGGAUGGGUCUAGUGCGAGUGUUUGGAGGUCGAAACCCUCUCCUCCACAGCUACCAGGGUUCACUUCCCAAGUUGUUUGUCCCGCCACUGGAUGGCACAUUGUCAAGAUACCUCAGAUCUGUUCGGGCUCUGCUGGAUGAUGAGAAGUAUUCUCGCAUGGAAAAGUUGGGGCAGGAGUUCCGCAAUGGGAUUGGGACAAAACUGCAGCGCUACCUACUGCUCAAGUCAUGGUGGUCUGCCAACUAUGUGUCUGACUGGUGGGAACAGUAUGUCUACCUCCGUGGACGUUCACCUAUCAUGAUCAACAGCAACUUCUAUGGCAUUGAUGCUGUGCUAGAGAAGCCAACAGGUGUGCAGGUGUCACGUGCAGCCAACAUCAUCUACGCUAUCCUGCAGUACAGACGUGAGGUGGACAGGGAAGAGCUUAAGCCGAUAUUGUUGAACAAGGCUAUUCCACUGUGUUCUGCUCAGUACGAGAGGCAGUUCAACACCACACGUAUUCCUGGCCUAGAAACAGACACCCUGGUCCAUCACAAGGACAGCAACCACGUCGCUGUGUAUCACCGUGGCAGAUACUUCAAAGUCUACAUAAGGCAUAAGGGCAGGUUACUCAAGCCCAUACAAAUUGAAUCAAUGCUGCAGAAGAUAGUUGAUGACAACACUGAGCCGUCAUACGGUGAGGAGCAUCUGGCUGCCCUGACUGCAGGGGAGAGGGUCAACUGGGCCAAGGCAAGGAAGGAAUUUUUCACAAAGGGCAAGAACAAAGCUUCACUGGAUGCUAUUGAGAAGGCUGCCUUUUGUGUGACAUUGGAUGAGGAAUCGCAUGGCUACAACCAGAAUGAUCCAGCUAGUCUGGACAGGUUUGGGCAGGCUAUGCUGCAUGGUAAAGGCUGUGACCGGUGGUUUGACAAGUCCUUCACUCUGGUUGUGUGUGCUAAUGGUCAUAUUGGCUUCAAUGCAGAACAUUCCUGGGCUGAUGCCCCAAUCAUGGCUCAUAUGUGGGAGUACGCUAUCAGUGAUGAAGUACAUUAUGCAGGAUACACAGCUGAAGGCAAGUGUGAUGGUGAUGCUGAUCCCAACACCCCUAACCCCAUCAGACUGGAGUGGGACAUCUCUGAGCAGGCUAAUGCAGUGAUAGAGAACAGCCUACAGAUGGCCCGACAGCUGAUCAGUGACGUUGAUCUGCAUGUGCGCAUGUUCAAAGACUACGGUAAAGGUUUCAUCAAGAAGUGCAAGGUAUCUCCUGAUGCCUUCAUACAGAUGGCCCUGCAGCUCACAUACCACAGGUCUACCAACAAGUUCUGUCUAACUUACGAGUCCUCCAUGACCCGACUGUUCCGAGAGGGGCGGACUGAGACUGUCCGAUCAUGCACUGUGGAUUCCUGUGCAUUUGUACGAGCAAUGGAUGACAAGAAUAACACGAAUGCUGGACGUAUCAAGCUGAUGAUGAAGGCAGCAGAGGUCCACCAGCAGGCGUAUAGGGAGUGCAUGACAGGACUUGGUAUUGACAGGCAUCUCUUCUGUCUGUAUGUCGUCUCUAAAUACCUUGGUGUCGACUCUCCAUUCCUGGCUGAAGUUCUCAGUGAGCCCUGGAGGCUGUCCACCAGUCAGACACCUCAUCAGCAGACAGACAAGCUGGACCUGAAGAAAUUCCCAGACAGAAUCUGUGGAGGUGGUGGCUUCGGGCCGGUUGCUGAUGAUGGAUAUGGAGUGUCAUAUGUUGUGGCUGGAGAGGAUACUAUCUUCUUCCACAUAUCCUCCAAGAAGUCCUGUCCACUCACUAAUUCUCAGAAGUUUGGCAUUGAACUAAGGAAGUCCCUCCUGGACAUGCAGAAGCUGUUUGUGAAAGAGGAUUGACAUAAGUAAACCAACUAGCUAGACCUCAAGCAGAUACCUAUACACACGACACUCCAGCCAACCACAUGUCGAACAUGAAGUGCCCUGAUAGGCAGAUGGGGUGUGUGUGUAGGUGAGAUAGAUCUGAAGAGCCAUGUUUGACUGUGAUGCAGUGACGAUGUACAGGUGUUAUAUUUUAUGUGUUGACUGUUUACCAUGAUUAUCAAGGCUAUCAUUAGAACCACAUGGUUUGGUGGAUAUUAUGAAACAUGCACAUCAAAUGCAAACUUUUUACUCAAUACAUCUUGUAUAAUCUUAUUUUAUUUGUCAGAUGACAUUUAACCAGAAUAUUCUGUUUGUGCAUUGUGUGCCAUGCCUCGAUCAACAGUCUGCAGUGUUCUCAAUGGCCUGGUCAUACUCCAGGUCAGGGGAAGUAACUCUUACUAUCUUACCAGAACCCAACUGGUGCUACUUUCCUGUCAAACAUAUCUAUGUCCAUCAUGGUAGGAAUUUAUUUAUCCCAGUAAGUAGAACGCAUUCUGCCAUGAAUAUCUGCCACUUGCCUCAAAUAUGUAUGGCAUCGAUAAAACCCUUUAUCCCAGUUUUAACACACUCACUGCUUUAAUACUUUUAUUGUCAACAUUGACAUGAAAGUCCUUUCUUUUUUAUAUAACAUGUUUAACAAAACAAAUAUUUUAAUGGCCAUUUUAUCCUGUUUCAUUUAAAUUAUCAUUUUCAUGUAGAUACUGUCACGAAUGUCCAUGUCGAGUUUUAAGUUUACUGAAUUACAUUUCAAAUUUUCCUUUUAUUCUUUAUGAAAACACAUAAAAUUUAACAGAUCAUUUGUAUAUUUCAAAGAAAUGUUUUAAUUGUACAUAUUGGUGUGUGAUGUAGUGAGAGUGUUCACUCAUAAUUUGUAGCAUAAUGUAUCACUUGACUCUCUGGGUUUCUCUCUACCUUCCUUUUGGCUAUGGGGUUGUUAGCAUAAUCAGUUACGGACAAGGUAUAUCUCAGAUGGCUAGGUGUCACAUGUUUACUGUCCAUGGAGUGUCUAAAUAGAUCUCAUGUUUAUCAUAUCUUCUGUUCCAAGAGAGGGUAGAUGGAUAACAGACACUGAUAUAUUGUCAGAUCAUAUCAAGGUGCUUUUGGAAAGUACUGCUCGAGUGAAACUUGAAAUGUAUAUAUUUCUUAAAGGAUAUGCCAUGCAUAUUGAUACCUGGUAUUCGAAAAUUUAAUACCAAAGCACAUAUUUAGUUUUAUUUACCUAAAAAAUACAAUAAAAAUGUUCAUGUUUAAAACAAUUGUAGGAAAGAAAAAAAUCUUUAAGAUACUGUUAUCCAAAUACUACAAAACUGUGACCCUGUUACUGACGGGGAUGAGAACAGCAGUUGUUGCUCUGAUACCUGGCUGUGACAUCAUCAUCAUCAUUAUCUUUAUUUCAUCAUCAUCAUCAUCUGUAUGUUCAAAAUUUAUGUUUCUGUUUGUAUGCACUGUUUCCACACAGGUACAACUUUUAUUCUUCUGCUUUAGGCAGUGGUUGAUUUUAGUUAAUUUAUUGAAGAACAAACAUACAGUUAUAGUUUUGUGAAAAUAAAGAGGUGUACUAUGUCA